GAACCUCAGUGCUGUCUGAGACAUCAAUGGGUGUGGGUGUGCGCUAGCGUCUCCAGGUGCUGUGGUGUGAGGGAGGUACAAAUACUAAGAUCCGGUUUCCACUAGACUAAAACAUGUGGAGUCGGGGCUCGAACUCAGGGCCUCUCGUAUGCGGGCGUUAUACCGCUUGUUAGUGCUAACAAUUGCCAUAUACUUGCAUAAAGCGGGAACGGAAGCGCAGGAGGUGAGGGCGUGGGUGCUGUCGUUGGUGAAUCCUGCUUCACCCAGGUCACCAUGUAGUUCAUCUAGGCCACCUGUCUCACCUACAUUGCCAGACUCUCCUGUGGAGCUUGGCACGUCUAGGCUCCCUCACUUUCCUAGUAUACAAAGUCCUUCAGGAUCACCUGAGCUGCAAGGGUCACCUGGCGCACCUCAGUCACCCGACAUGUUUACCACCCUCACUAGCACCCUGCUGCUGCCUUAUUCUAAAAAGACACAGAUUUCAAAAUACAAGAUGCAGUCUCGUCAGUCACUCUCCAGAGGAACCACUCGCAGGAGAAGGUGUUUGGUCGACACUAAAAGAAGAAACAUUCGCAGAUGUGGGUGUUCGGUCGACACUACCAGAAGAAACAUUCGCAGAUGUGGGUGUUCGGUCGACACUACCAGAAGAAACAUUCGCAGAUGUGGGUGUUUGGUCGAUACUGUCAGAAGAACCAUUCACAAAAGAUGUACAUGUCUGGUCGACACUGCCAGAAGAACCGCUCACAAGAGAUGUACAUGUUUAGUCGACACUCCCAAAACAACCGUUCACAAGAGAUGUACAUGUUUGGUCGACACUGCCAGAAGAACCGUUCACAAGAGAUGUACAUGUUUGGUCGACACUCCCAGAGGAACUGCUCGCAGGAGACGGUCAACUGAGUCCUCAGUGAGGCGGGUCCAGUACAGAGGACUCUACAGCAGGAAGUUCCGUCUGCAGGGGGAGUACCCGUUGUACCUGACGCCGGACCAGUCAGGCAGCGUCAUAGUUAUAGCUGCUCAGCGCUCCGGCCCUAACAACCAUGCAUGUUUCCGGGUACACACAUUCGAUGUGCUGACUCCGUACCCUGAAGGUGGCCAAGUGGUGGUGUUCCAGAUGCAUGAUGGCAGCCACUUCCUCCAUGGUGAUGCUACUGGCACCCUCUUCCUCAGUAGCGCUGAGAGCAGUGUUACCAGUCUCAAUCGUACAGACGACAAAUUCUUCCUAUUAUACUCACCAAGAGGCGCCUCCCAUUACAGAAUCAAACACCUCACUUCAGGUCGCUUUCUCUCAGCUGGACAGGAGCAGGUAACCCUGGCUGACGUUGGACAUCAGGGCUUCACAGACAACAUGCAUUUCGAGAUAUUCUCCUGCAACCGCUCCUGAUCCUUGACUGGAGGUUUCUUCAGUCACUCCUGAUUCCUGAACAGAAGCUUCUCCAGUCACAACUGAAUCCUGACCAGAGGUUCCUGCAUUCACUCUUGAUCCUUGAACAAAGGCUCCUCUGGUCAUUCCUGAUUUGUGACCUAGGAAUGGAAUUCUGCAUUCACUCUUGAUCGAAGAUUGGAGAUUUCUACAUUCACUAAUCAAUGGCUGGAGGCCAUCGUUUUCUCCAGUGCUGAUCGACAACAUCAACAUGAGUAAAAUCAGAGUGGACGAGAGAAAGUGUCUCAGUGGACUUCAGUUUAUAGAUUAUGUUCUUGAAACAGUAUGAUGGAACCAGUGAAAUGGUCAAAGUACUCUAUUUUACACAAGGAAUCACUAAGGCAGGUGUGAGAUGGUAAAUUAUUAGAAUGGGCUCAGUAGCAGAUUGUAAUGGCAGCUAGAUCUUCACUAUUAACAAAAAUUAUGCAAUCGGAGCAAUUUAUGGGCAUGUAAAAAUCACAAACCUCUAAUCGCAGAGAUCUGCCUUCAUAUAUGUUGGACAAUUUUUUGUACUGUGUAGUUUUAGAAUAUGGUGACCGGGUAGCUGGGCCUCUGAGGACGACCGUUGGUGUUGUCAUGAUACUGCAAGUCAAAAUUUAUGGAUCUCGUGUGUCUGUACUGUGAUGAACUUAUAUUUUUGGAUGUGUGCUAUGAUGCGUGUAUAUAUUGUUUGCCAGUAUAUAUAUACUGUAAUGUGAUAAAAAUGCAUAGAAAUGAAAUACUGAAUAUAGUAAUUUAGUCUCAAUCUGAGACCAUAUUGAACAAAAAGUGGAACAGAAAGGCUGCUUAUAUGAGGAAAGGGAAGGAACCAGUCACAUAGUUGAUUAGGUGAAUAUCCCUUCGUAAGCUUUCGGAAAAUCGCCUACAAAGGGCAUAAUUGCUAACAGUGGAUGGUCUGAGAUGUAAAGAAAAAAUUGUCCCGAGUUAAUACCAUACACCACUUUAAAAGUAGCUCCUAUGAUAGUAAAUAUUUUAAUGAUAAUCAAGUAUUCAGACUAAGGACUUUCAGUAGUUUUACUGCAGUAUACAUUGACUUUUCUAAAGAUUUUGAUGAGGUACUACAUGUACAGGAAAGAUUGGAGAGGAAAUUACAAGCAAAUGGAGUAAAUGGUAAAAUACUACAGUGGAUAAAACAUUGGUUAGAGCAUAGGAAGUAAAGGAAAUGGAAAUGAAUCUGAUUGGAAAAAACAUUGUCAAUCAGAUACUGCAAGUUUCCAUUUUGGAGUCUGCCUUUUUUCUUGUGGACAUCAAUGACAUACAUAAGAAUAUUACAAACCACAUCAUCAAAUUUGCAAAUGUUGCAAAAAUCUAUGGCAAAUUAGGAAGUAAAAGCAAUAUUGAGGCCUAACAAAGAGAUCUACAUGAAGUUUACAAAUGUCAGCUAACUGCCAAAUACAUUUAAGUGCUGAAAAAUGCAAGACCUUGCUUUUAGGGUAUAAUAAUGCACAUCACAACUAUCAUAUCCACAUCACACUCAUACUGAAGAAAAGGACCUAGGAGUUUUGAUCCACCAGUCAUUGAAAGUUCCACAGCAAGUGGGAGCAACAGCAUAAAAGCUGACCAAACCCAAAGCAUACUCAAAUGAACUCUUGAUGUUAUUCGAGCAUGUUUUGCCCACUGGGAGGGAAAUUGAGAGAUAGGGAGGCAGGGAGGACGGGCAGAUGCAAAUUCAAGGUCUCAUUCACACAGUAAUUGUUUUCAUUACUGUAUAUCAGUCAUCAUGAAAGGUAUAUAUACAGUACUUUUAAUGAGAAAAUCCACAGGAGCUGUGAUGAGAAUUUGAACCUUUGUGCUGGGUAUUUCCAGACUUUAAUGUUUUGUUGCCAAGUAUAUAUUAUAUAGGGUAAAUGUACAUUGGGGAGCUUAUAAGAUCAUAUAUAAUAUACUGUAAUUAAGAAUAUUGUUUUAUAAUGUACAUAUGCUCAUGUAUGUAAAUACUUAUUUAUGUUAUAUUUAUCUACAACUGUGCAUAUAGUAAUAAAAUUUUUGCGAUA